AUGGUUUCCAUCCGCAGAUUCGCGGCAGCGGGAGGCAACGAUCACGGAGACCCGAACUACUACAAAAACAAGCCUCGGAAACCGACACGGGACGAUCCGUUUGCGAUCCUCGGGGUGUCGGAGGAAGAAAGCUACGCAGCCGUCAAGCGAACUUUUUUGCAAAUUGCUUUGCGGCAUCAUCCCGACACGGCAACGUCGGCAACUUCCGCAGAAGCAGAUGCUAGUCGUGAGAUCUUCAUUUCGGCUCGAAAGGCAUUCGAACAACUCGCCGAAGGGCCCGAGGGCCUGGCCGUGCUGGCCAGCGACGGUUGGGAAGAAGAAGAGCUAGACGUUUGGUUCAAGGACGAAACAGGCUUUGAUAUGCCCUUUAUGGAUGCGGCUACCAUGAAGGAAGUUGCGGAAAUGCACGACACUACUGCCCACGGUCUGGAUCGCGACGGUGGUAUGUGGACUCUGGCGAGAAUGGUCACGGAAAACGUCAAAAGCGGAGGCAACGCUGGAGAUCUGUUACGGUUAGAAGCUGGUACAAUUCGAGACCGAGGGAUUGAUGGCAUAUUGAGGCGACGGCGGAGGAGAUGA